AGCAAAUACCAUCUACUAACAACAAUGGCGUCAGUUAUUCCAAGAGUAAAAUUAGGUUCACAAGGUUUAGUUGUAUCAGCACAGGGAUUGGGAUGUAUGGGUAUGUCAGGUAACUACGGACUCCCAAAACCCGAAGCCGAUAUGAUCAAGCUCAUCCACCAUUCCAUUGACUCUGGCGUCACCUUCCUUGACACUUCCGACUUUUAUGGCCCUCACACCAAUGAAAUCCUUAUCGGGAAGGCUUUGAAAGGAGGACUGAGAGAGAAAGUUCAAAUUGCUACAAAAUUUGGAAUCCAAUGGAUCAAUGGAAAGCCAGAUGUCUGUGGUGAUCCAGCCUAUGUCCGAUCAGCUUGUGAAGCUAGCUUGAAAAGACUUGAUAUUGAUUAUAUUGAUCUCUACUAUAUUCAUAGGAUUGAUACUACUGUCCCAAUCGAAGUCACGAUGGGAGAGAUCAAGAAACUGGUAGAGGAAGGCAAAGUGAAGUAUGUAGGAUUAUCAGAAGCAUCUGCUUCGACAAUUAGAAGGGCUCAUGCUGUUCAUCCAAUUACAGCAGUACAAAAUGAAUGGUCUAUAUGGACAAGAGAUUUGGAGGAUGAAAUUGUUCCUACUUGCAGAGAACUUGGCAUUGGGAUUGUUCCUUACAGUCCUAUUGGGAGGGGAUUCUUGGCAGUCGGCCCUAAGGUGGUCGAAAACAUGAUAGAGGGAUACUUCAGGAAGCUUUAUCCAAGGUUUCAGAACAUGGAGCAAAAUAAGACGGUUUUUGAGCGAGUGAAUGAGAUGGCAACAAGCAAAGGAUGCACCCCCGCACAGCUGGCACUCGCAUGGGUACAUCAUCAAGGAAGCGACGUGGUUCCGAUAGCAGGAACCACCAAACUUGAGAACUUCGACCAAAACAUUGGAGCUUUGUCUGUAAAGCUAACACCAGACGAUAUGGCAGAACUGGAAUUUAUUGCUUCAAGUGACAUGGUAAAGGGUGAAAGGAGUGCGUUCAUGCAGAUGACCUGGUUAAACUCAGAGACUCCUCCAUUAUCUUCGUGGAAAGGUAAUUAAGCUAUGGUUUGAUAAGACCCAUCGAACGAGAAAAAUGGUGACCAAUUUAGGGAUUUAAAGACUCUUUCUAUGAUUGAUGUCCGACGAAAAACUAGUGUUC